AUGAAGCCUUCGCUAUUAACGAAGAUCUCUGGUUCAAACCUUUGUCCAUUAUCAUGCGCUCGCCAAACACUAGUCCUCCUUGGCAGAAUAAUCUUUAAUCAUAUUACUCCGAAAAACAGAGACAAGCCAGACAUAAAGGACAGUAGAUCACCAAGCUUCCGAACUCAGACUUGUUUCGGAACCUUACGGGUAUGGUUUUCCUCUGUCCCAGACGAUUUCUUGAAAGAUUUACUAUGGCCCACUGGAGUCUACGGUGAAAACUGGCCAAAGCGCACCUACCUCAUCGCUUCUAUAAAAGCCAAUGACGGAAAAGACAUUUUUAAUGAACGCUUCAAAAACAAACACCGUCAACACGCAGAAAAAGUAAUGCUUCGCGACCCCCAAUUUCUUGAUGUGGUGAAAAAGAAUCGUGACAUCGAAAUCACUCUGACUUCAAACUACUCCCCUUGUAGUGACUGUGCGGAUAACUUAAAAAAAUUUUACGAAAAGUACACGGAUAAUAUAAAAAAUUUCACCAUCCAGUUUUCAUUUAUAUAUCAUAUAGAAAAAUACAAAAAUAAAACAGCCCUCCAGAACUUAAGUAAGGCAGGUAUCACCUUACGAGCUAUGAAUGUGGAGUCGUGGCGUGAAGUUGGUCUUGACCUUGCGUUUUAUUUGAAUGCCACGGAACGUGAAAAAGUAAAGAAAAGAGACAGAAUAACAGCAAGGAAUCUCAAGAAUGUGCUUUCUGAGCCGAAUCAAGACGGAUAA